AUGACUCUCCUGAGCAAAAGAGCGACACUUAAGGGUCACCUGACUCGCAUUGAAAAUUAUGUUGAUUCCGUUCGCAAGGAUGAGGCUUCCUUUUCGGCUACAGAUAUUGCCUCCAACAUAACUAAACUUGAUGACCUUAAAGCUCAACUCACAAUGGUUCAUGAAGAGCUAGUGAAUACGGGAAAUAAUUCGGUGACUGAAUAUGAGGAGCCCUCGAGAAUCAUGGAGCGAAUUAGUCAGUUGAGGAGAAUUUUGGGUGAUGCUUUGGACCGGAAGGAUGAUAAUGAUGAUCCUUUGCCCAUCCCUGGCCCUUCUGGCUCUAAUCAUCAGCCAUCAGCUCAAAUUUCUGGUGAUUCGUCAAUUGCUAAUUUAGAAAAAGCUCUUGCCAUGCUCAUUACUCAUCAAGCACAAGCAGAGGUGCGCAAUCAGAACUUUUUCGAUAGGCUGACCAAUGUAGUGGCCCACAGUCCACGGCCAGAACCACACGACGUCAGAAAUCAGUCCCAUUUGAAGCUCCCUGUGUUAACGGUCCCAGAAUUUUCCGGUGAUUACACUGUCUGGCAUCACUUUAAAGACAUGUUCACCAGCAUUGUUCAUCUUAACCCUCGCCUCACUGAUGUGCAACGUAUGCAAUAUUUGGUCUCCUCAGUCAAGGGAAAUGCGAAGAAGUUGAUUGAUAGUUUGGCCAUCACAGAUGCCAAUUAUUCUGUUGCGUGGGACACAUUAGUGGGACAAUAUGACGAUCAGCAGUCUGUUGUUCAUCAUCACCUUGCGCGCUUUUGCACGAUGCCAGCAAUUUCCACUCCCUCAGUUGAUGCUCUUACGGAUCUUUUUGCCACCGCCAAUUCAGUUUUAAAUUCCCUCGACGCACUUGAUGUCAAGGAAAGAGAUCCGUGGGUCAUUUAUUUGCUUUUGGAGAAGCUCGACCAUGAAACCCAAGUUCUGUGGUCUCGCGAGGUUAAGAGUCAAUCACCAACGAUGGUCCAAUUCUUGCAGUUUCUGAGAGAGAGACUAAAGUCCAUCGCACAGUACAAUUCUUACCCGGCCAAAUCCUCAUCUCAGGCCACCAAGUCCACUCCAGCUGGCCCAACCAGCAAUAAGCAUCUCAAGCCACAAAAAGCCACAGUUCUCUCUGCCACUGCACAAUCUCCUUGUCCUGGAUGCAAAAAAGAAGGCCACAAGUUGUUCAAGUGUCACAAGUUCAUUGCCAUGCCCUCCAUAGAACGUCUGGAACUUGUCAGGAACAACAAACUGUGCCGAAAAUGUAUCACCGAGACACAUUUGACGAAGGAUUGUACCUUUUUCACUUGCCGGAAAUGCUCCAAACACCACAACACACUUUUGCACGAAGCCUUUCAGUCUGAGUCCUCACAAUCCACUCCUGCUCAGCAGCAGACCCAAUCGAAUGAUAGGCCCACAGACACUUCACAGUCUGACUCCACAGCCAUUGUCGGCUCUUCCACUGCCUCUCGCCCUGCUGUGAAGGUAUUUCUAGAGACGGUUGUGGUACGAGUCUUGGAUAAGUUCGGUGUUCCGCAGCUGUGCAGAGCUUUGCUGGAUUCCGGAGCUCAAGUCAAUCUGAUUUCACAGCCCCUAUUCCAAAGACUUCGGCUGCCCAAAUCUCUGUCCGACGUGUACAUUGGGAGGGUGGUUGGAGGUGGAGCUAAGUCCAAAUUCCAGGCUGAAUGUUGUGUGCAGGCAGUUGACAAUCAAGAUGUCCAUUUUUCGAUGACAUGCCAAAUUGUUCCCGCAGUGUUGGAACAAAAGUUGCCUAAUUGGAAGGUACAGGUGGAUCAGAUCGCCAUUCCCUCAGAGAUCUCCCUUGCCGACCCAACAUGGCAUGUGUCUCAGCCCAUUGAUUUGCUGAUAAGCAACGAAUUCUAUAACGAGAUAUUCACCAGACAGAUAAUGAGAUUGGGCAAAGGCUUGCCAAUUCUCAAAGAAAGUUGCUUUGGGUGGGUUGUUUCUGGUGCCCAUGCUAGCUCGUCACAGACGCGACAAUCAGACCAGGUCGCGUAUGUUGGAACGACGCUGGCCUCCAUCGACUCAUCGGUCCGGAAGUUUUGGGAAAUAGAAGAAGUUUCCACUGCCCAUCCUAAGACCCUUGAUCAUGAGAUCGUGGAGAACUGCUUCCAAGAGUCCACUGUCCGCGAUGACACUGGAAGAUAUGUUGUGAAGAUCCCCUUUCGCCCCAGUUUAGUGCGUCUUCAUAACAAUUUGCCAAAUGCCACCAGACAAUUUCUCAGUCUCGAGCGUCGUUUGUCCGCCAACCCAGAGAUAAAAAGCCAAUAUCACGCUGCGAUGCAGGAGAAUUUCGACUUGCGAUUUUUUGAGGAGGUUCCCCCAGAUGAGAUCACUUCCACUUCUUACUAUAUGCCUCAUCACGCUGUUGCUAAGAAGUCCUCCUCAGGAGUUAAAGUUCGCAUCGUCAUGAAUGCCAGUUCAAAAUCCCAAACAGGCCUCAGCCUGAAUGAUGUUGCCAUGGUGGGCCCGACAGUUCAGCCCGACAUCGUCGCAAUUCUCCUCAGAUUCCGAGAACACCCUUUUGCAUUCUGUUGUGAUAUCCAGAAGAUGUAUCCUCAGGUGCUAAUUCAUCCCUCCCACAAAGACUCCCAUCGCAUUGUGUGGCGAUUCCGAGAUUCGGAACCCAUUCGUCAUUAUAGGGCAAGAGGAGUUUGCUUCGGUGUAAGUUCAUCGCCUUAUCUCGCGACAAGAGUCCUCAUCGAUCUGGCAGAUAGAGAAGAGGUAAAAUUUCCACUCGCUGCCAAGGCACUGAAAGAGAAUUUUUAUGUGGACGAUUGUCUCGCAUCAUGCCCAUCCAUUUCCGAUGCGCUUGAAACUCAACGGCAGUUGAAAGAAUUGUUGAGUUCCGCUGGCAUGACGCUCGCCAAAUGGUGUGUCAGCAGUCCAGAAAUCACAGAGGAAGUAGAGCCCUCACAGGUGCGCAGCAUCUUUCCUGAACAAUCCAAGGCUCUAGGCAUGCUUUGGCACCCUCAGGAUGAUGUUUUCGUCUUCCAGCUCACUCGAGAUUUCAUUGACGUCAAUUCAAAGCGAGAAGUCCUCGCGGCAAUUGCGUCACUUUAUGAUCCUCUUGGUUUCGUCUCUCCAGUGAUUGUUAUCGGAAAAUUGAUCAUGCAGGCCCUUUGGAAAGAGGAAAAGUUGGAUUGGGAUGAUCCGCUUCCGGAACAUAUCAGUUCCCAAUGGAAACAAUUAGCCGAAGGUCUUCCAACCCUUCAGGAGAUCAAAGUUCAGCGCCCAAUGUCGACUUUGACGUCUCCCAAGUCCACCGAGUUGCAUGUCUUCUGCGACAGCAGCUCAGUUGCAUAUGGUGCCGUGGCUUAUGUGGUCACAGAGGAUGAUAUCCAUGGUCGCCAGUCUCAGAUUCUGAUGGCAAAGUCGCGCAUUGCUCCCACAUCGUCGAUCACCAUCCCCAAAUUGGAAUUGUGUGCCGCAGCUCUAGGCUCUCAGUUGGCCCACAAGAUCAGAAAUGCUCUCUCAGUCACGGAAUAUUUCUUGUGGACAGACUCGACGAUUGUUUUGGGGCAAAUCAGAUCAAACCGCAUUAAAUUUGACGUUUUCACCGCGCAUAGAAUCGCUGAGAUUCUCAGACUGACGGACGUUUCGAAAUGGCAGCACGUACCGGGAGCCUCAAAUCCUGCGGACGUUGUAUCGCGUGGUAUGUUGCCCACAGAAUUGAAAAGUUCAUCUAUAUGGUGGACGGGCCCAGAGUUUUUGUUGGGUAAGGCCGAAAACUGGCCUCGAGACCCGUAUAGUGUCACGCUCAUUGCUUCGUCGACUGCCAUUAUCAAUCAGGUCCCAGAAAGUCACAUCCUUGAUACCAUCCUUGAAAGAUCCAGCAGUUAUCUGCGGAUACAAAGAAUCCUAGCAUACGUGCUAAGAGUCCUGACAGGUUCGCCUAGUCGCAUUAGAGGUCCCAUUACAUCCCAAGAACUCCUAAAAUCAGAGCACAAACUAGUAUCUUUUGCACAAGCUCAACACUUGGCAGAAGUGAGAUCAGCCAUUGCCGAUGGCACCAUGUGGACCAGCAGGAGGUUCGCCCAUGUGCGCCACUUGACUCCCUUCAUUGAUGGAGAGGGAAUCAUCAGAGUGGGUGGCCGACUGGCUCAAUCGCCUGCAAACUACGAUGCCCGCCAUCCAAUUCUUCUGCCCAAGUGUCGCCUCGCCACGAUCAUCGCCACCCACACACACAAGAACAACAUGCACGCGGGACCACAACUGCUUCUGGCCACUCUGCGUCAGAAAUAUUGGCCGCUGGGAGGAAGAAAUCUGACCAGAAACGUCGCUCGCUCAUGUGUUGUGUGCUGGAAAACCAAGCCGAUCCGACAGGAGCAGAGAAUGGGAGAUCUUCCCACGAGUAGGACAGAUCACGUGGCUCCAUUCAAAGUGUGUGGCAUCGAUUUCUGCGGCCCAGUCCUCACGCGUCCUAGCUACAAGAGAGGAGGUACAUCAUAUAAGACGUACAUUUGCGCCUUUGUCUGCUUCACGACGAAAGCCAUUCACCUGGAAGUUGUCGGCAGUCUCUCAUCCGAGGGCUUCGUCGCUGCGCUGCGGAGAUUCGCGGCCAGGAGAGCUGCUCCAAGCGACAUCUUCUGCGAUAAUGCCACCAAUUUUCGCGGAGCCAGCGCAGAGUUGGCAAAGUUCCUGCGAGACAUCCAGUCAUCGCCAGACGUUGUUUUAGAGGCAGCUCCCAAGGGCAUCAAUUGGCACUUCGCGCCACCAAGAUCUCCUCAUCAUGGCGGACUUUAUGAGGCGGCGAUCAAGUCCCUCAAACAUCACUUAGCCAGAGAAGUUGGACAGACUAUUCUCACAUUUGAGGAGUUGAACACCAUCGUAGCACAGAUCGAAGCCAUCCUCAAUAGCAGACCAAUCACGCCACUCUCCGAGGAUCCAAAUGAGAUGUUCGCAUUGACUCCUGGUCACUUUUUAGUGGGACGCCCACUGAACGCGCUCCCGGAUCAGACGCUCACAGAUGUUGCGCCAAAUCGCCUCUCCAGAUGGCAACUUUGCCAGAAGAUUCUGCAGCACUUCGCCCAUCGUUGGAGGAAAGAAUAUCUCCAUCUUCUCCAGAAGAGAGUCAAAUGGACGCAGGAAGCGGACAAUUUGAAGAUUGGCGAUAUCGUUCUCAUCGGCGACGAUUCAAUGGCCACACAUCAAGGGCCAAUGGGCAUCAUCGAGGAGCUUCAUCCGGGCAGAGAUGGACGAUGCAGAGUCGUCACGAUCAGGACAGCAAGGGGUAAAUACAAAAGGGCAGUUCAGAGGCUGUCCAAAUUGCCCAUCGAGGGACUCCCGCCCUCAUCAUCGGCCCCCCCAGGAUGUUGA